CAAAAGAUCACCCCACGCAGUUAAACCUAUGUUCGCCAAUUCACCUCUUUCUGACUGGCGCCCUCUUAAAAGAUGUCAUCAUAUUCUUGAUUCGUUUGAAUAAUUUCAACCGAUCGCACAAACAUUCUUAAGCUCGUGUGUACGAGAACGGACGACCGAUCGCACGUACCGUAUUUACAGAAAAAGUGUGUGCAAUGUGGGUAUAUGCGUUUAUGUGUGCGUGCGUGCGUGCGUGCGUGCGCGUCGCCGGCACGUUGGCCACCUUCUUUGUCUCUUUGUCGUUUCCCGGGACGAAGAAACCCGCGAGGAUGAGCCUCGAGUCGUAAUUUUUAGCCGGGUCGACGACCUCGAAUCCAAGGACGCUCCUUUCGGCGAACCUGCGACAUGCAUCGCGUUACUAGCUGCAGAACGAGUGCCCGAUGAAUUCCUCGGUGGACCUCAAGGAGCUCCAUUGCAAAAUACGGGCGACGUGCGUCGUAAGAAUGCAGGAUUCCAAGUGCACAGGAUAGAAUGAAUCGUCGGGAAGACCCGCUGUUACGGCAGCAUCGCAAUCGUUUGCUACAAUUGGCCGAGGCGACGAACAUCAAGCCUGGCCGUGGCAGCGGGAAGAGACGCGGACAAAGACAGUCGCAUUUCGGAUCCAGUAAUGGCGGACCCAGCCGCGUGACACUCCAGGAUAUCGUCAGGAGCGAUCCUGGAUACACGCCGAACAUCGAGCAUUUAGUGUUUCCGGAGCGCAAAAGCAGCAAUCCGAAUUUAGCGGGCGUCGCCGAUGGCUCGCCGCCAAAUAAAGCCAAAUCGAAUGCUACAAGUUCGGGAAGAUCCAGGCUCGCCGAGGUCUUUGCUCGACACUACGCAAGAGGAUCUUCGCAGGAUUCGUCCGUUACGUCCAGAAAAAAUCACGUAAAUAGUACGUCGCUGGACAGUGGGAGCGUGGUAGGUCAUCAGCCGGGGCCUGGCGGACCCACGGUGGUGACACGAACCACUGGACGCCGCUGGUUGUCACAGAACUCGCAGUCCUCGAGGCAGCAUUCGGCUGAGGAUGGAAUACGUGGGAGUAACGUGGGCGUUGGAGGGCCCGUUUCGACCUCGUCCUCGAGUCAGGCUCCCGGUCAAACCGUGCCUCCCGCUCUGCCACCGCGAAGAGUCAAUCCGGCCACAGAUACAAGCGAGAUCGCCAAUUCCAUCUCGCGUAUCGACAGGGGCCCGAAUGUAUCGAUCCUCCAUCUUCGCAACGCGUCAGCGGACCCUUGGGAAGUCGGCUCUCAAGGCUCCUCGUACAGUGUCGGCAGCAACAAGAGUCAGACAGCAGGCAGCAGAGGCAAAUCCGGCGGGAACAUACGGGGAUCCUACAACCGUGGUAGCUCGAUACCAUCCUUGAAACGUCACGAUACAUCCACGUCGACCACGUCGACGUCAAGCCUUAAGCAGCAUCGACAAGACAGUCAUGGUCAGGUAAUAUCAUCCAGUUCUCGCCGACGUGAGGCCACGAACACUUUUCUCUCGGGUAAUAGUGGCACGUCCGGCGAGUUGUUUAUCAGUGGCGACUGCAGCCGCGAGCUGUCACCCGUGCGAUGGUGCGAUCGCGAGGUCGAUGGCGUUUACCUGGGUCGUUCCGGCUGGGUGCAGGUGCAACAGAGGUCCCUCGACGAGAAUCGUCGUGCAAACUACGAAAGCAACCUGGUGACCGCUGGCACCCUAUCAUUAUCACGACGCGCGGUCAAGCUAGCGGACUAUCACUGUAACAGCGAGCCGGGCAAGUGUCCGCAAGACUUUACCAGAGGAUUAGAUUCGCAAAGACCAGACUUCCUCGCACUGCACAGCCAGGAUUUCGACUCCAUCACAACCAGCACUUGCACGUCUCCGCACAGCAUCCCUGAAUCAUUCUCGCCACCAUCGAUCACGCCGAUUAUUUCGCCGCCACCGGCUUUUCAAGAUGCCGUCACCGGCAGAAAAUCGUCCUCCUCCAGGCACUCCUCUGGCGGGCGUAGCAAUUACGGCAGCAAGGCGCCCUUUUUGCCCCGAUCGAACGCCAUCGUCGACAGCGACAUCAUCAGUCCGCCUCCGUCCCCGCCACCUCACCAAGUAAACUGGAGUUCCCUAUCGUCCGGAUCUAGGAAAAAUCCCGGUUCGGCGGCUUCCAGGUCGAAGAGACAGAACUCUAGCCAUCAACAACAGCAACAGCAGCAGCAACAAUAUCGUAUGGCACAAGCCAAAUCUUUGGAAGAUCAAUCGUCCUCCAGAAGGUCGCAGUUUGCGCAGAGAUAUCUCGAGUCAUCCAGUUCGUCGUCGUCAUCGAUGGGAUUCAGGAGUCUCGACAGCUGCGUCACCAAAUCCAUCAUGCCCAGCCUAGCAGAGAAUACGGAUUCUUCCGUCGAAGGAUAUGAGGAUGGUGACGAAGAUGAAAACCCCAGCUCAUCCUUAAAUCUCAGUCUGGUAUCGUCAUCAGUUCUUGCACUGAAUUCAUCCACAGAGUCAAUUCGCGCCAAUGGUGAACGAAUUUCGCCCAACAGGAGAAUCCAUAGAAGUCAACAGGGACUGAGAAGAUCACCAGGAUCCUCCGAGUCAGGGAAACAGAUGUUCAAUUCAUCCUCUUCGUCGUCUUCUUCCUCCUCCAGCAGUGAAGAGCGACAAGGACGGUCACCCACGCCUAAUCCCUUCAGACGCAAUAAUGCUUCGCGACAGCAUCAGAGUGCCAGGACCAAUCAGAUGUCACCUGAUUCUCAUCAGUCCCGAGUCAGAAGAUCCAGAAGUCUCCAGUUGCCCGAGAAAAGGUCACCGGGAACGGCUGGAUCGCAGAGGGAUCAUUCUCGAGAAUCAAACGAGGCUCACAGGGUCGUCGUGAAAAUCGUGAAUGAUCGAGUAAACGAGAGGCCCAAACGCCACGUUCUUCAGAAUAGAAAAGCUCAGUCUACCGAUGACACCAUAAACGAAAAUCUUCUUCGCGAACCGGAAGUAGUAACCGAAUAUCUAUACGGCACCCGAAGUCGCGUCGUGCCAAGAAGCAGCUUGUCGAACCGCUACGAACGUCGUGACGAGAAUCAAGAACAAAGGCGAGGCACUUCCAACACUUACGACGUCUACAUCAUAUCUUCCAAGCAACAGCAGCAGCAACAACAUCAAUCGUCGAAAGUAUUCAAUUCUCCGCAGCCACAGCAGCAGCCACAGCAGUCGCAACAACAACAGCAGCAGCAACAACAACAACAACAAUCCCGGCGACCACGAACGUUACAGAGAGGCGCUACAACGCCGAAUACGAGCGCACCGUCUGUCAAUCAAGACUUUAGUCCAGAUACGAAAUUACGCUGCAACAGCAGCACGUGUGAUUUCUGGCCUCAUUGCUCUCAAAGAGAAACUCUAUAUUCGCCAAAUCAGGCACCACCGCCGGUCUUCAUGAAGCUAUCGCAGAGCUAUCCGUCACAUCAAAGACUCUCUACUGACACCGGUAGCCAUCGAGGUAGCGCCAGCUCGUCGCCGGCUUCCCUGGAGCGGAUGGAUGAUCGGGAGCUUCGCGAAAGAGACAAUUUGAGAAAAAGCAGAAGCAAUCAGCAGGGCAAGUAUCAAGAGAGAUCCAAGAGUAUGCUCAAGCAGACUAAUAGAUGGUCACCACUGGAGGGAAUUAAUGGCAAUGGUUCCGGAGUAGAAAAGAGAAGUCAAAUGCACCAUCGAGUGUAUCGAAAGCCCGAUUUCCCAGGAUCUUUCGAGGGCGCCGAGAAUAAAGAUAGGAGAGUGUCGCCUAUCCAAGGAAUGAACGUUGUCAGCAGAUCACCGAGCAGUGGCCCGAUCGUCUCGUCAUCGACCAAUACCUCGUCGUCCUCGAGCAGUGAUAUCUGGAUCACCACGUCGGAUCGCACGGUGACGAAGAGUCCGCGGAACGCGAAGAGCUCCGGCGCAUCUACACCGAUGGAGGACGCCGUGAUCGGUUCGCUGAAGACGCUGAUAGAGCCACCGAAGGACGGUACGCUCUCCAGACCCGGUAGCGCGCCGACUCGGGGCGAGGAUUCGCUCACGGAUGACAUCAUCCUGGACCCUCAUCAACGAUCCUUGUCGCUGCCAAAGUCCUUCCUGGCGCACAACACGGCGGACGGCAGCAAUAAAUCGGGAUCUUGGCAUCGCGGGCAAGAUUCCCAGCGAUCCAGCCCCAGCCCCAGCAGACUCCAUCGCGUGCAGGAAGCGGCCACGUCUCACACAGCUCCAGUUUCUCCUUUGCACGAUUACAGAACGAGUGGCCAUGCCGGAAGAGAGAGGAGGCGAAUCCCCGGUCUCAACAAAGCUCAACGGCGGAUCAAAGCGUCCAGCACCCCGGCACUCCUAGAUAGAAACCAUGAUAGCCGACAGUGGUCCGGCGACGAAGAGGACGAUGGGACGAGAAGAGGCCACGUGACAACCGAGCAUCCCUUGGCCGAGGCUACGAUUCCUCUGGUCAGCCAUACCAGACUACAAGAGCCGUCUUCUGUUCUGAAUGUCACCAAUGUGCCCACCGGCGCAAGUCAGAAUACUGCGCAUCGUGCGCAGAGCCAGCAAGAGAGCGUGUUGCAGAAAUUCCGUAAGAGCUUCUCGUUGAGGUUUCACAAGAAGGGCAGUAAGGAGAGCAACGAGGAAUGCCCCGCGGAGGACAAUGACGGCUCGGGGCCCUUGGACGAGGAGGAGGGCACGGAGACACCUACUGUAACCUCCUCCGAGCAAAGCAACCAGCACAAAGACGACUCUAGCAAUGACCAGAAAUUCCGAUUCGGCCCACUCGUCUGGAGGAGUAGCAAAGAGAGGAAAAAAGGUAACAAGGCCGCCCGAAAUGCAAAAUGCAACAGUGGAGACAGCGGUAUACAAAUCGAGAUGGUAUCUGGUGGAGCAUUGACUGGUGGCAGUGGCGGUGGAAUGAUGGGGGGUGGUGACAGCUCCGAAUCUCACGAUACGGACGAUGUUCCCGACGACACCGACAGCCCACCAGCCCUUCGCAGGCGAGUCGCCGAUAAAUCGCGGCCCCAGUCCGAGCUCAUCAACCAGAUACUGAUUGACAAGUUCAAGGCGGAUCUGCAAAGUCGCGCUUCGCGACACAAUCAUGUGCGUCGUACGAACAGCGAUUUAGGAGGUCAGAGGCUGCUUCAAUGGGACACCAGAUCGGGAUACGUUCACAAUUAUCGUAGGAUGCUGUCGACUCCGUCACCGAUCAAGACGAGGCCGCCCAGGCUCAGCCCGAGGCACUCUUCCCAUGAUAUCGUUACGCUCAGAAGUAACGCGAAAGGGAGGAGUUCUCGGACAAAUCUGAGACGCUCGCUUAGCCAGCCACUGGGAAUCAAUCAGCUCUCGCCGCUAAUGCGCACCAAAACUGCAGUAGGCGCGAGAUUACCCGGUGGCAAUGUGCUAUCCGAGGACGAGCAGGAUGGAAGAGCCGGCACAUCCGACGACGAGAUGAUGUCCGACUCCGAAUCCUCGAUCGCUUCCUUGACGGAUAAGAAGAAAUCAUUCGAGCAGACAAUGGACGAGGAAAUUGUCAUCUUGGCCGAAGCUGUUUGGGACCACGUGGCGAUGGAGCCGGAAGAAUUAGCUUUUCGCGCUGGAGAUGUUAUCGACGUUCUUGACACGUUAGACAAAGAUUGGUGGUGGGGCAGUUGCAGAGGAGAACAUGGGUGGUUUCCGGCCGCUUUUGUCAGGCUGCGAGUGAGUCAAGAGGAUACGGUAGAAGAUUGUUUGGCUGCGAUAGCCUCAGGGGGAUCCUCAGGCACUCAGCUGAGAAGACGUACGAGCGUUUCCUUACUGUCAAACGAGCAAGUGAGAACCAGCGUGGUUCGCGAACUCGUCCAGACCGAGCGUGACUUCGUCAAGGUCCUGCGUGAUGUAGCCGAAGGCUAUAUCGCGGAAUGUCGCAGGCGCACGGACAUGUUUACCGAAGAGCAGAUUGAAACGAUCUUCAUCAACCUCGAGGAGCUCUUGGACUUUCAGUCUGAGUUUCUGAAAGAUCUCGAGGCUUGUAUCGACUGGAACGCGCCGCACAAAAGCUGCGUCGGCGAAUGCUUUCUCAAUCAUAGAGCGGGUUUUCGCAUGUAUUCCGAAUACUGCAACAGUCAUCCGAUGGCGACAGCAACGCUACAGGAGCUCUACCAGCACAAUCGUUAUAGCAAAUUCUUCGAAGCCUGUCGGCUGAUGCGGGGCCUCAUAGAGAUCCCCUUGGACGGUUAUCUAUUGACACCCGUCCAACGAAUAUGCAAAUACCCUCUUCAAUUGGCGGAGCUACUGAAGUAUACGAAAACCGAUCAUCCAGAUUAUCACAAGAUUCAGGAGGCCUUGGAAGCGAUGAGAGGCGUUGCAGUACUCAUCAACGAGAGAAAAAGGCGGAUGGAGAGUUUGGAGAAAUUGGCCGCAUGGCAAAUGCGCGUAGAAGGUUGGGAGGGUGAGGAUCUCAUAGAAGUUUCGUCGCAACUGAUUUAUCAAGGUGAGGUGAUGAGAGUGAAGACCGGCAUGUGGACGAACAAUAUCACGCUGUUCCUCUUUGAUCAUCAAUUGGUUUAUUGCAAGAAAGACAUUCUUAAGCGCAAUACUUAUGUCUACAAAGGUCGCAUCUAUCUCGACACCAGUGAAGUCAUCGAUGUACCCGAUGGAAAAGAUCUUCAAUCAGGAGUAACAGUGAGACACUGUUUGAAAAUAUAUAGUUGUGUCCGGGACAAGUGGUUGCUUUUUUGUUGCCGCACAGCGGAAGAGAAACGACGGUGGCUGACAGCAAUGGCUGAAGAACGAAGAUUAGUAGCCCAGGACAGAAACGACGGAUUAGAAUUUCCAGCGGCGGCCAGACAGCUCGCCAGACUAGCUGCUAAUAGACAACAAAAUAGGCCGCCGAUCAAACCUCGCAAUAAAACGUAUAAGAGAGAAUCAACGUAUGAAAUGCCAACUAUGAUCGGACAAGGCACCACCAACUCGCUAGGAAGGAAGGUCGGCACCUGGUUCACGUUCGGUAGCAGCAAAAAAAGCACGCGGCUUCAACCAUCUUGAGACAGGCCUACCUUCGUACCGUAUAUUGACUUGUAAAACUGCGACUAACGACGCUGUAUCAUCCUAUCAGAAUUCUGGCAUGAAAUAUCUCUUAAUAUUUGUUUAGAAGCUUUUUCGAGCAGUCGUUCAAAAAGAUCUUCAUUAUCAAUCUAUACUUUAAUUAGAGUAAUAUUGUUCAUUUCGCAAUAGAUUGAAUCAUACUAUUCUCCAUGGAUCGAUGAACGAUCCAUGUUUUGAUCGCUAGAAUUUCGUAGUACCGAGGACGAACAGCGUCUCGUCAAAUGUACGGUACGAAGGUAUUUAGAUAAUUCAAAAGUGAAAAUUUUGUCCUACAAAAUAUACCUUUUCUUCCCAAGUAAGAAAAGCCAUCGAUUCCAUGAUCAUAGCCUGUAGAGAGGCGCAUGACGAUCCAAAAGCACGAAAAACUUCAAUGACCUUUCAUUCACUGCCUCUCUCACGAAAGCAGGUACUUUUCUAAGGAUUGGGAAAGUUAUUUUAUAAAAGUAACUCGUUACCGUUGCCGUUCUUUUUUCUAUAAAGUAAUUCGUUAUCGUUACUCGUUACCAAUUUUAAAAAGUAAUUCUAUAAAAUAACUCCUUACCGUUACUCAAAAAAUAACAAGUCUUUACAAUUUUCUUAUUAGUUAUUUUAUAUAUAUAUAUAUAUAUAUAUAUAUAUAUAUAUAUAUAUAUAUUACAAGUUUUACAUACAAUUCUUUUUAAAAACAAGAUCAAAUUAAACACUAAAAAUUUUCAAACAUUAUUUUAUACAUGCUACUUUUAUGCUUUACAAAAGUAGAACGAAACAAGAUACCAAAAAAGAACUUCUAGUAGUUUUUAUGUAAUGCUGCGUUUCAACACUCUUAUAUUUUUUUAUAUGAAAAUUGUACCAAAUAAAUUCGAAAAAAGUAACAAUAAAAAUAACUGUUAAAUUCGUUACUUGUUACAAAAAAAUAUAACGAAGUUACUUUUCCCAUUAUAAAUAAAAUUUGUAACACCAUUACCAAAAAGAAUAAAUAGAAAAACUAUAACGGUAAUGGCAUUACAAAUAACUUGUUGUGUUACUUCCCAAUCCUGCUUCUCUAUCAAACAAAUAGUAUCAUUAUUCAAAUUAGAUAUUUGCAGAUGCAUAUACGAUAAAUUAAUGAAAUCGCUCAUUAAUGAUUCGCAUUAUGUCUAUAAUCUGAAUCAGGAAUGUCUUUGUGACGCUUUGAAUUAGUGGUUCCCUAACUGUGUCAGGUUUGAAACUAAUGUUCGAUCAUCUUUGAUAUGAUUUUGUUCUCGAUGUGACGUUGUCAAUCUUCAGUUCGAGAACCACUAUCCAGAAAGACGUUUCCCUGAAGAAAGAAAUUUGUUAUAAGCCAAGAGAGAAAUGUUUAAUCGAUUUUGUAGAUGCUUGACACUAGAAACUAUCGUUAAUAAUAGUAGACACGCGGAUAGAUUAGAGAACUAGAGAAGUAAAUAGUGAAUAUAUAGUCAAUAGCGGGCUUUUAAGGUACUAAAGAGAAAGUACUAGUCACUCUUUACAUCGCGAAUUGAUGAUAAACGCCGAUGAACCAUAAUAGAUAUGUAUUGUUACACGCGCAAUCGUUUUUUGGAUCGAACGGCUAUGGAUGGUACGUAUCAAAUGGCUGUAUUUUUUAUUAUAAUCGAAAGACUGACGACCGAGAUGUUUCUUCAGAAGGAAACCGGUUGUAAUCUUGAGAGAGAAAUGCGACGGGAUCGAUUAAGAAAUUUUUAAGUUGAAUUCGUCACAUAAACUUUGUUAAAAUCAUUUGAUUAUUUCAAGAGAUUGUUGUCGAUUAAUUUUAUGUAAGAGAGAUGCAACGAGAAAACUCAUCAUUUGUAAUAUCAUGUUCAAUUUUGCGCAUGUGUUAGCAAGUUCAAUCAGGAAAUCCGUAUUGAUUAAUUUCGCAAUUUUGAUUGGCCGAUUCCGCACAUCACUUUUCUCUCAACGAAAACGUAGAUGUAUUUCUUAGAAGAAAUCUCCAGUGAGCUAUACAAGGUAACUUACUGCCUAACUAAUGUUCGUUAUUUCGCAUUAUAAUUAUAAUACUCAUCAGUAGUUUGUACGAAGUUAUGAUCAGCGAGUAAAUAGAAAAGAAAGAUGAAAAGAUGAAACAAGAGCGAAAAAAAAGAGAAAAAAUUUUGUUUUCGCAAAAUAACAUAGCAGCAGUAUUAUACAGAUAUAAAAAAUGCGAUAGAUUAAAUAUUCACAAUAUUCACGCCUCCUUAUUCGACUGCGACACGAAGCGACAAACUUCUAAAAAAAAAAAAAAAGAAAAGAGGGAAAAAAUGAUGAUCGAGAGAAGAUCUUUCAAGUUUUUCUAUUUGUACAGAAAAGAGAAUCAGUUAGCCCAAUAGAAGACUUUCUGUGUUAUAAUGAUAUGCAUAUAUGUAUGCAGUCUCUUGGCAAAAUGUUCGAUCUACCAAUUUCAACAAUUUAAUCGCGGAUCCUGAAAGUUUCUAACACUGCCAAUAAGUUUAAAGAAAUACGUCUUCGUUCGUUAGAAUUAUUUGGCCUGAUCUUUAA